AUGGCACCUGCACUAGUUGAGACGACCACUGUGCCAGACGUGACGUACACUGAUAAGAAAGCCGAAGAUGUUCAUCGCAAAGACAAACUGCAAAGCUCUCAGUACAAGGAAGCUUUCGCCCAAGGAACAGCUUCAACCAAAUAUGAUAUCGAACUGAAAGGAGAUGGAAAGCAUGCACCGGCAACAUACCCUCACUACUUGCCGUACUGGGACGAUACCAAAUACCCUCCAUACGAGCCAUUCGAGCCUGUUGAACCAGGCAAAAACGCCGACCCAACAUUCCCAAAUCUGUUGGCCGGCGCUGAGGUCAAGGAGUUGACAGCCAACAUUGGCGCCGAGGUGACUGGCAUCCAACUUAGCAAGCUCAAAAAUGCCGGGAAGGACGAACUGGCUCUCUUUGUUGCGCAACACAAGGUCGUAGCGUUCCGUAACCAAGAUUUCGCGGACCUGCCGAUUCAGGAAGCCAUCGAUUUUGCUGAAUACUAUGGCCCCAGUCACAUCCAUCCUGCUAGUGGUGCUCCAAAAGGAUACCCAAAGGUGCAUCUUGUCCAUCGCUCAGCUUCGGACACCACGGCGAAGGACUUCUUUGAAGAAAGAACCAACAGCAUCACGUGGCAUUCUGAUGUCACUUAUGAGAUGCAGCCUCCAUCAACGACUUUCUUAUAUCGUCUGGAUGGUCCAACGGCGGGCGGUGAUACUCUGUUCUGCAACAUGGCUGCUGCAUACAGACGGCUGUCGCCGGAGUUCCAGAAGAGGCUGCAUGGUCUGAAGGCUGUACACUCUGGCCAUGAACAAGCGCAGGCUGCGCUCGCGCGUGGAUCGAUAGUCCGAAGGGAGCCUGUGAGCAAUGUGCAUCCGAUUGUGCGGACGCAUCCAGUCACCGGAGAGAAGGCACUUUUUGUGAACCCACAAUUUACUCGCCGCAUUGUGGGCUUCAAGAAGGAAGAGUCGGACUAUCUGCUCAACUUCCUCUACAACCACAUUGCUUUGGGUGCCGAUAUGCAAGUCCGCAUGAAAUGGGAGAAGGGGACCACUAUCGUGUGGGAUAAUAGAGUCACUUCCCACACGGCAUUGCUGGAUUGGGAGGAUGGACAACGCCGCCAUUUGGCUCGUCUGACCCCAAGAGCUGAGAGGCCAUUCGAAACGCCAUUUGAGUCUAACUAG